AAUCGUAAAAAAGGUGAAUGUCUCAGAUUUUGGAAAGAUGUUUCAAACCAAAAGAGAUUUCCAGUUCUCUUUUCUCUUGCUCGUGAUUACUUGGCUAUUCCAUGCUCAUCAGUCGAAGUUGAAAGAACUUUUUCGAAUGGAACAAAUAUUGUUACACAUAAAAGACAUCGUCUAAAAAACUCUACCAUUGAGUCAUGUCUUCUUCUCAAAGAA